GCAGGGAGCUCGUUUGCAUCACUUGAGAGCCUGAGUAUCCCUGGAGCGGUCGGCAGAUACAUUUCUGGCGGUGGGGAUAAACCGUGUGCCUUAGACGUUGCUUUGUCUGCCGGACGGGGGGAGGCUGCGGUACUGAAUCAUGGGUGCUUCAGCCUCUGCGAGACGGAACGGCGAGGGUCCCGACGAUGCGACAGCCGGGGAUCAAAACGUGGAGGCGGUGGAGGUGCAGGAGGGGGAGGACGCCGAUGCCAAGCUCGUGCAGAAGAACGGUCAGAUCUCCAGCCUGAGUGGUAAAACAGAAGAUGGCACGGGGGACUUCAACGGCCAAGCUGGGGAGAAGGGCCCAGAGGAAGUUGGUCAGGCAGACGCCGAGACUGAGAAGGAGGAUGCGCCGGAAAAUAUGGAGGAGCUCAAAGGGGAGGCAGAUCCACAGGUAGAGGUAAAGAAGCAGGAGGAGGAAUCAGCUGGAACAGACGAGCUAACCUCAGUGGCCAAGGUAGGAGAAGAGGAGAAGUCAAGUGAAACGAAUGAGGUGGGAUUCAAGAAGAUCUUCCGAUUUGUUGGGUUCAAGGUCACACUGAAAAAAGACAAGAAUGAGAAGAAUGACCCCGUGCAGCUGCUGACGGUGAAGAAGGAGGAAGGCGAGGCCAGUGCUUCUGAUGUUGCCGAGGAGGCUGCCACCGAGGAGCCCAAAGAGAAGGGUCUCAUUGAAGCUUCCAAGGAGAACGGUGUUGUUGAGGAAGAUAAGAAGGAAGGUGCUGAGGAAGAAUCCACUGAGAAAGGCGCUACUGAAGAAAUCGAGCCAGAGGAGAAGAAGGAGACACCUGAGGAGCCUCAAGCUGAGGAAGCGGGAGCUGAAUCUCCCGCAGCUGAGGAGAAGGCAGAGAAAUUAACCACAGAUACUGAGGAGCAGGCCGUUGAAACAGAGGGACCCACCGAGGAAGUCACUUCUGAGAAAGAGAGCGAAGCACCAGCUGAGUCCCAGACCAGUCCUACAGUCCAGGAAACACAGUCCCCACUGAAGAGGUUCUUUACACAGGGCAUCUUCUCCAAUUUGCGGAAGAAGACGAGUUUCAAAAAGACCAAAGAAGAGGAGCUCCAGAAGGAAGUGGCCAUCAAAGAGGAAAUCAAGGAGACGGACGAGGAAACAACCGAAUCCCCCAAAGAAGGAGAGGAAACCAUCGAGGAGACAAUGGCUGAAGCUCAGCAGAAAGAGUCGACCAGCACAGAGGAAAGCAAGGCUGAACUCCUCCCAGAAGUCCCAGAUGCUGUGGUGGAACAAAAGGAGGAUGAGAUCAAAGCUGAGAUUAAUGUGGAAGCUGAAUCUCCUCAGACCACCCCGGAAGAGGUUGCAGAAUCAUUGCCAGCUGAAGGUGCUACCGAUGUCACAUCUACAGAGGCAAAGGCUGAAAGUCCUGUUGAAGGUCAGGCAAAUCAGGAGGAGGUCCUUUCUGCAGAAGUCCCCGCUGCAAUCACAACGGAAGCAGAACUCCUAUCCUCCCAAGAAAAAAACAAGGCCCAGGGAAGCCCAUUGAAAAAACUCCUCACGGGGUCCGGAUUAAAGAAACUUUCCUCCAAAAAACAGAAAGUAAAGAAAGAAGCUGAGGCCAAGCUGACAGAAUCUGGGGAGCAUGUUUCUGAACAGCUUCAGUCAUCCUGUGAAUCUGCCGAAGGACAGAAGGGAGAAAGCUCUCCUUCCUCCCCAGAGGAGUCAGUAGAGCACGUCAUUGGGGAGCCCGGACAAACAGAAAUGGCUCCUGAGAACGAAGGUGAAGGAGAUAAGAAAAAAGACGGCAUUCUUCCAUGGGCCUCGUUCAAGAAGUUGGUGACACCAAAAAAACGUGUCAAAAAGUCAUCGGACAGCGAAGAUGAUGCUCCUGAGAAACCCAAGUCUGCAACGUUGUCCUCCACAGACAGUGCUGUCUUUGUUGAAAAGCAAGAAGAGCCAAAACCUGCUGAGGAGGAGCAGAAGACCGAACCCUGCACAGAAGAACCAAAAAAGAAGAUGGAUACAUCUGUGUCUUGGGAAGCCUUGAUUUGUGUUGGAUCUUCCAAAAAGAGGGCCAGAAAGACCUCUGAUUCAGAUGACGAGACUCCAAGAAUAGAGGAAGAACAGCCAAAAACUGCAGAAGCACUGCUUGGAAGUUCUCAAGAGGCAGAUCAUGAAAAUUUGACAUCAUCCCCUGAACAGGCUGGGAGUCCAUCAGAAGGAGAUGGAGUCUCAACGUGGGAGUCACUGAAAAGGUUUGUUACCCCACGUCGCAAAGUGAAGGCAGAGGACAAGGCUGAGGAGGCCACUGCUGGUACCACCUCUGAGCAAAUGUCAGACAGUGAAAUUCCCAAGGAGGAAUCCUCCUUCUCACUUAAAAAGCUGAUCCCUGGGCGAAGGAAAAAGAAAUCGGAUGGAAAGCAAGAGCAGGUCUCGUCCGACGAGGCGGGGAAAUCUUUGGGUUCAGCCGAGGAGGACUCUGACACACCUGCUGUGGUUCCGUUAUCAGAAUAUGACUCUGAACAAGUUGAGCAAGAUAAUAUUGCUUCAAAGGACAAUGUAGCAGCUACAGAAAUGCCAGCCAGCACUACUGAGGCUGAAGAAUCAAAACAAGAGCCCACAGUUCCAGAAUCUGAGGGAGAGAAACCCAUCGAUGCCGUGCCAAUCACUGGACCUCAGGUCAAAGCUGUGGCUGAUGCUGAGGAACGACUACCAUCCUGGAUAUCGCCAACAGCUGUGGCGGACAUUCAAGAAACAACAGAAUGCAUAAUUAAACAGCCACUAAGUGAUAUACCAGAAGAAGGGGACACCAUAGCCACACCCAAGUCCACUGCCGAGGAAGCUUCCCAUGAUGACACCAUAGCUGAGGACAUUGUGGAAUUAACUUCCGAGGUCACGACAGCUGUAGAACAGGUGCCUGAAGUGUCCUUCACAGAAGAAACAACAGAAAUGGUUUCAGCAGUGUCCAGACUCACAGAAUCCCCUGGUACAUCUGGCGACACAACUCCAGUGCAGGCAGAAUAUGAUAUGGAUAAGACAGAAGCCAUACUGCUAGAAGCAGUACAGACUAUAACCCACACAGAAAAUGCCCAGUCCUUGACAAUGACAGACUUACAACAGGAGUCUGUUGCUGUUUCAGUUACCGCACAAGUUUUGGAGUCUGCUACGAAUGAGGAGGCUGUUAUUCUAGAGUUGCAUGCAAAAUCUGAAGCUACCGCUCUCUGCACUGGCCUUAACUCUCAAGAAAUUGCGUCUGCCGAGGAGAAGACAAUGCAGGCAUCUGUGGAGAGCAUCACUGAAGUCGGCGAGGCUAUAUCCACAGAAGUGGUUGUUGAGGAGAAAGCGGAGAAAUCUGAAGUAAUGACGGUUAGAGAAGAUUGCGUGUUUGUGGCUGAAGUCCAGGAGCUCAAAACAGAAGCAAGAGAACCAAAGCCAUUGUCUGAUGUAGAGGAGACUGCACAAUGGGUGGAAGUACAGGUAGAAACUGUCAAGGGGAUUCAAGACACUGAAGUUAUAUUAAUGGGGGAGGUUAAACAUAUGCCAGAUCAUGAACAUGCAGAUAUGCUGCAAGAACCGAAACCCGUUAAGGUAGCUUUGGUCAAUUUAGUACAGGGCGCGUCUGAAGUUCUUGAGGAAACAGUAGUAGCAGAAAACACACCCAAAACUGAGACAGAAGGCCCACUAGAUACAACAAUAGAAGAAUCUCUCAGUGCCCAUAUCGCCCACAUUACUGAAGUCUCUCUUGUGAAGGCUGAUGCAGUGCAGGAAAUUGAAGCCAUUAAGGAGGAUGUUGCUGAGGCAGAGGUUACUCCAGUAGAAGUAGUGAACCAGUGUGUGAUACAGGAAGUGACUGUUUCAAUGCCGGAGCCCCCUACUGCUGAAAUCUCAGAUAUCAAGGAGGCUCCCAUUGCUGUGGUAGCACCAACAGCUGAACUGUUAGCCUCUAACGAGACAACCUGUGUCAUUAAACCACCGUCUGAGUCCGUUCCUUCACAGAUGGCAGAGGUCAAGGAUGAGGUGGUGCUGGAGAGCGAUCGUGAGGUCCAUGUUAGUGUGACGAGCACAGAAAUCCCAAUUGUGGAAGCAGCUCUUGGAGUAGCGACAGACGUAGCUCCAAUCAGCAUCAGUACCACAGCUGAAGAUGUGAGUGCGAAAGAAGAGGAACUAAAAGAAAUGCCGGCGGAGCAGAUUCAGGAAGCAGAAACUGUAAAAGAGGACAGCACAGCUGUUGCUGAGGCGGUCAUCCAGAAUGUCGACUUGAAAAUGGAGCAGGUAAAGGAUGCAGGAAUUACUGCUGAGGACAGUGAUGCUGUAACUCAGGUGGUGACCCAGAAGGUGGACCUGGAAGUGAUGCAAACAGAGCAGAAAAAAGAAGUGGAACAUGUUGAAGUGGAUGGCACAUCUGAUGCUGAGGUGGCCAGCAAGAAUGCAUUGGAUGACCUGUCAAAGCAAGAAAGUGAAUCAGGGCUCGCUGAACAAGAGGAGGGAAAGGAAAUGGUGCCAGGGAGUUCAAAAGCAGAGGAGGAGGCAUCAGGUGAGAAAGGGGUCAAACAAGAAACAGAGGAACCCAAAGAGCCGAUUCUCCCUGAGACGGUCCAAGAAGCCGUUCAAGUGGAAACAACCAAAGUUAGUCAAUCUGAAGCCACGGAAAGCUCUGCGGUCCCAGCGGAGAUUCAUCAGGAAGAUAUUUCUGUCAAGCCUCCAGAGGAAAUCAAACAGGAAAUAGAUGUGACAGCUCAAGAAAAAGAGACACAAACUCAUGAGGAACAUGCAGAGGACAAACAUGAAAGUCUGGCAACCCAAGAAGUUGUAAAAGGAAAAGAAGAGAGUCAAGAGGGGGCCGCUGCUGUCAUAGAGGAGAAAAAAAGCAAAGAUGAAGUUCAUGAAGCAGAAGCAGAAUCACAGGAACAAAGCAGGGUAGCAGAAAUGACAUGUCAAGAUGACAAAGCAUCAGAGACUGUCCUACAGGAGGAGGUACAGCAUGAAGACGUGCAAGUCCCCGGCACAGUCAAAGCAGAAACAACCGAGCAGACAGUGGUGGAGCCCAUCAAUAAAGAAGAGGAGAAACAAGCAGAAGAGGAUCUGAUUCAGGGUGCCACUGAGUUGAGUACAAAGGACGAUGCAGUUCCUGUUCUCAGUCAGGAUGCAGAGACCGCAGUUCCCAAGAUGUGUGUGGAAGAUCAUGGCGAUGGGACGGUGAGUGGAGAGCUAGAAUCACAAGAAGCCCCUGCUGAGGAUGGCAUAGCCACAGAGACAGGAGAUCCCGAGGCAAGUGAUACAAAGGCCCAGGAUGCAUCCACGGGAUGUCCGUUGGCCACAGAUGCCGACUCCGUGGAGGCAAAGAAGACCAUGGGACAGACGGCCAUCAGCGGUGCCUCGGAGGUCGCCGGAGCAGUGAUCCUGGAGAAGGCCAGCGAGCUGCAGCCUGUGUCGUCGGAGCAGACCGCCGCGUCAUGAAAUAGCCGGCCCGGAGGAGCGAUUCCCUGCGAGAGAGGAGGGUCCAAAGGGGAACCGCGAGCCGGUUCUGGAGAUAUGCACUGACACUGGGCUCUGCCGUGCCUACAACUGAGCGAGUGACACCCCCGCCCACACACACACAGCUGCUCUGUCUCCCUGCCUGUUUGCCCACUCAGGGGGCUCCACCAAUAGCUCCACCCACAGCCCGACGCAGUCCAACCCCGGUCCAGCCUGACGCUUUUCUCGGCUAGUGAACAAAUGUGAUGUAUGCCUACUGUGACACCCCCCUCCUCAAAAUUCCACUCCACCCAAUUCUGCUGCCCCGUCUGCUUGCGUUGCUACGACUGUCCCGUGAGCAGAGUCGUGAAACACGUCUGUAUGUUUCCAGAGCUGGGGGGGGGGCACUUUCUUGUAUAUUGUAUUUAUAUCUGAACUAAGCUGACACUCCCAUCUGUUUUUGUAUUUAUAUUAUUUUGACAAUGAUUCCCAAAGCUCUCCUCUGCUGCUUUAAGAGCGUAAAGGUAUUUCUUGUUUUCUCACUGAGGCUUCAUGGUACAGAAGUGCGCUUUCCAAUAACUUGAUUUUGAAAUACAAAAAAACAAAAAACAAACCCUGAGAUCAAUGUGAAGCGAGCGCCACCUCUGAGCGGCCGCAUUCCGCGGUAACAGUGUGGACCGUGUGCAUGAACUGUUCUGUGAACGUCAGCAGCUUCUCUCUGGCAUCUUCUGAUCCAUCCAGUGUGCUGUAGGUUCACCCUGCUGCUGAAACGCUAGCGCCUGCUCUCUGUAAAGUAGUACGUCAAAUUCAGAGAGUGUUUAUUUCCUUGCCGAUAGUGCAACACGGUAGAAAAUAUAGAAUAUAGAAAAAAAAUCGUUAUUCUUGCUAUAAAGAUUUUAAUGUACACCAUCCUCUUUAAAGGUUUUUUAAAAAAAAAAAAUCCAUGUAGAUAUAUGUGCGCAUCAGAGGACUCGGAAGUGUAGUUUAGCAUUGUUUCAAUAAUGUGAAGGGGUAUGUUUAAAGAUUAAGCUUAGUGAGCGAGACACUGCGUUGCUGAAAAAUGUAGUGGACCAAAUUGUAACUGCAUGGGUGUACAGAUCACGUUGAUGUUGGGGCUUGUGUACGUGUGUACAGUGAACACUGCACUCCAGUCUGCAGGUGAGUCCAGGCGUUUUAUAUGGGGGAUUACAGGCGUAGCUGAGUGAUCGAUCUCAAAACAGCGUUGUCUGUAUUGGGCUUGCAAGCUUUGUGUCACACUGGAAAUGUGUGGUGCUUUUGUGCCCCCUAAUGGUGACAUAUCAGAAACACCUUGCUGCAGGGUUUUAGACAGGAUGGUGCAUAGUCACAGGAUGCAUUCAAGGAUAGACGUUAGGAAUCUGUUCAUACCUUGCACAGGUAACUGUCUCGUGUCAUCUCCCACGCCAUCGAGGUUAGAAGCUCACAGGAGAUCCCAAAUACACUCCUCCCACGUCACAGGCUGCAUUUUUGACAGGGUUUGGAGCUCGUAAGCGAAUCAGACUGUUAUGUCAUGGGUUUCAUGAGGUAGCAUCUAGCACCUGGCUAAGCUUUUGUACGAAGACGAAGAUAGACGAUGCCGCUAGCAGGCUGAACAAAGACAGCGGGGAGCGCUACCUCUGUGCUAGUUAUUGUUCUGGUCGCGAGUUUAAUAAAAAGUUUUAGCACAGAGAUCACUGUGCAGAUUGUGCAGAACGAUGCCGUCAUUAGUUUUCUAACUGUUCAGCUAGGCGAGCUGGCCCCGGUCAACCCAAAAGCCGCAGCGACCCGCUCCACCCUCCUCUGCGCCACCCAGCAGCCCCUCGCGUUCGACUUUCGACGUUCCUCACUCCACUCUGAGCUUUUUGUAACAAAUUAAAUGUGAACCUGGUAACCUUUGUACAAACUGUAUACCUCUAUACCUUAAAUCACAUUGUAAUAACAUCGAGUAACUCUUAAAUAUAUAACAAGCAUGAAAUUAAAUCCUGCCUUUUAUAUUUACAUGCUGUUAAUAUGAAUACGAAAAUCAUGUCUAAAACUUCCUUCCAAUAAACUUAGCCUUACAGAACAGUG